CGACUGUACAGGCAAAAUGGCCAGAGAUCGGAACGAUACGGCACCAGAGAAACCAGGAUACGAAGAUUCCGAGAAAGAGGAGGAAAACGAAAGGAAAUCCGGGAAAGUUCGCGAAAGCUCGGGCUCGGUUAUCGAUGAAGAUAGGAAACGGAGCGGCAAAUCCAGAAGGAAAGCUCGGUAUAGUUCCGAUUCCGACGACAAGGAAGAGAUAAGCCGCGGGAGAGGCGAGAGAAGAAAGAGGAAGUUGUCGAGAAGACGAUACAGCAGCGACGACGAUGAGGAUGAUUCGAGUUCAGGUUCCGAGUCGGAAAGCUCGGAUUCGGAACGCAGUGGUUCAGAUUCAGAGUCGGAGUCUGGGAGUUCGGAGUCAGAGGAUAGCGAGACCGAGAGGAGGAGGAGGAAGAAGAGGAGAGAGAGGAGGAGGAGGAGAGAGAAAGAGGAAGAAAGAGAGAGGAAGAGGAGGAAAAAGGAGAAGGAAAAGAAGAGGAGGAGAAGAGAGAGAGAGGAAGAGAGGAAAAAGAAGAAGAAGAAGAAAAAGGAGAAAAAAGAAAGAGGAAAGACAGGAGCCGUCACAAAUUCUUGGGGGAAGUACGGGAUUAUCAGAGAGACUGAUAUGUGGACCAAACGGCCUGAGUUCACUGCAUGGUUGGCAGAAGUGAAACAGGUGAAUCUGGAAAGCCUGCCUAAUUGGGAAGAGAAACAAAUGUUUAAAGAAUUCAUGGAGGACCAUAACACGGCGACCUUUCCUUCCAAAAAGUAUUAUAACCUUGAUGCUUAUUACCAGCUUAAAAUGGAAAAAGAAAUGAAAAGAGGUUUCAAAAAGGUCAUGGAGAAAGAACGUACUGUGUUCAAUGAUGAAGAACAGCGCAGGCAAGAACUAUUACAAGCACGUGAAAAGCAAAAAGAGUCGGAGGUGGAAGCUUUGAAGCGUUCUAUGCAAAGUGGACUGGCACAAGCAAUGAAAGAGCAAGCUCAACUCAGGGAGGAGAUGGCCUACCAGUACAAGCUUGGGAACUUUGAGGCUGCUGCUGCUAUCCAGAGAAGAUUGGACCCAGAUGUUGCUAUGUAAUAAGAUGGUUAUAGCUCUGAUCCAUCGGACUUUGCAUAUAACUAGGUUUUGUGCGCUAUAUCAUAUUGGAAUUUGGAUGUAAUAUAUAAUAUCUUAGAGCAGGAACUCUUCUGAAAUCAUUUUUGCAGAUAUAUAGAAAGUGAAGAAUCUGUUACUGCUUUUCUGGAA